UCAUUCAGAUUUGCACUAUUUACUCUUUAGCUACUCCGUAUUGUUUAUCAAUUUCCCUGAGUUUUCUUUUCCCUCAAGCUCCAAAGUCGCAGCUUGCUGCUCCUCUUAAAAUCCUCCAACAAAACCGCCAUAUUCGGGUUGUAUAACCACCUCUACCCGGCGGCGCUUGUUCCAUUCUGAAUUUUCAAUGCUGGGGACUUCCAACCACCUCUCCUUCUCCACUGCUUUUAUUCUCGGAAUCGACGGCAGUAAGCUAUUUGGACAUUACUCAUCUGAUGUAUUCCACAAAAAUAUGCGUCUGAGAAACAGAUUGAUUAUAAGAGCUGGCCCAAAGAAGAUUUUAUUCGACACUAAGUGUCGUGAAGCUAUGCAAGUCGGUGUUAACAAGCUUGCUGAUGCUGUUUCAUUGACAUUAGGACCCAAAGGGCGCAAUGUGAUUCUCUCCGAUUCUAAAAGUUUGAAAGUAAUUAAUGAUGGUGUAACAAUUGCAAAGGCAAUAGAACUUGCAGAUUCAAUUGAGAAUGCAGGGGCAAUGCUUAUUCAAGAGGUCGCAUCUAAGGUGAAUGAUGCAGCUGGUGAUGGUACAACAACAGCAAUUAUUUUGGCUCGAGAAAUGAUAAAAUCUGGGUUAUUGGCUAUUACAUUUGGUGCUAACCCUAGUGGUUUGAGAAGAGGAAUGGAAAAGACUGUAAAUGGACUAAUAAAAAAGUUGAAGAAGCGUAGUAUACCUGUUAAGGGGAGAGAUGAUAUACGGGCUGUAGCUUCCAUUUCUGCUGGAAAUGAUGAUUAUGUUGGGAGUAUUCUUGCUGAAGCCAUUGAUAAGAUUGGGGCUGAUGGUCUGAUCUCUAUUGAGUCUUCCUCAACUUCUGAAACUUACGUAAUUUUUGAAGAAGGAAUGAAGAUUGACAAAGGAUAUAUGUCACCUUUUUUUGUUACAAAUCUGGACAAAUCUACAGUAGAGUUCGAUAAUGCGAAAGUUCUAGUAACUGAUCAAAAAAUAUCAACGGUGCAAGAAAUUGUUCCCUUGUUAGAAAAGACUGCUCAACUAAGUGUACCUUUACUGAUCAUUGCUGAGGAUAUCUCAAAUCAAGUCUUGGAAACACUGAUUGUGAACAAAAGCAAAGGACUUGUCAGAGCAGCUGUUGUCAAAUGCCCUGGGUUUGGGGAUGCCAAAAAAGCUUUGCUGCAAGAUAUUGCUCUCAUGACAGGUGGUGAUUUUUUGUCAGGGGACAUGGGUCUGAGCAUAGGAGAUGCUACUUCUGACCAACUUGGUGUAGCUCGAAAAGUGACCAUAACAGAUAACACAACCACUAUUGUUUCAGACCCUUCCACGAAAGCUGAAAUUCGAGCAAGGAUUUUGCAGAUAAAGAAGGAUUUAGCUGAAACAGAGAGCUCUCAUCUGUCCAGGAAGCUUGCGGAGAGAAUUGCUAAACUCUCUGGUGGUGUGGCAGUUAUCAAGGUUGGAGCUCACACUGAGACAGAACUUGAGGAUCGCAAGCUCAGAAUUGAAGAUGCAAAAAGUGCUACAUUUGCUGCAAUGGAUGAAGGAAUAGUUCCUGGUGGUGGUGCAGCUUUUAUCCAUCUUUCUGAAGAGAUUGCCUCAAUCACAUCUUCCUGGGAAGAUACUGAUGAAUUGAUUGGAGCCGACAUAAUAAGAAAGGCUCUCGUUGCACCUGCCAAAUCAAUAGCUGAAAAUGCUGGGGUUGAUGGAGAAGUGGUAGUAGAAAGAAUACGUACUUCUGAUUGGCGAAUUGGAUAUAACGCAAUGGCUGGACGAUUCGAAGAUCUCUUUGAUGCUGGUAUCAUUGACCCUUGCCGUGUCACGAGAUGUUGCUUGCAAUAUGCUGUCUCGAUUGCAGGGCUUGUGCUAACAACUCAAGCUAUAUUAGUUGAAAAGAACAAGGAACCCAAGCCUCUUGUUCCCCACAUUCCAGGAAUUUCUCCUUAGACAAUUUUGUAGAUGGUUAACAUUUGGGUUUUCGAAUUUCAAAGCUAGAAAACUAGCAAUUAACUUGAUAGGGAUCUUAGAAUGAAUAGGUAAAGAUGAAAGAAGUGGUCCAAAAUUUUGAUAGGGGUGAGUUUGUUUAAGUAUUGUAAAUUGUAGACUGACAGUGAUGAGGUCAAAUGUUGUGCAUCUCAUUCCUUUGCUUUGAUAUGCUUGGAUUUAGUGCCGAUUUCGUGUUUUAUAACAGGCACAUUUUGAAUCUGCCUAAGGGCUUAAUUAUAUGAUAAAUAUUUUGAAGAA